GUUUCAACGGUGAAGAAACAGUCGGAACAGCUACUGGAUUACUACUGGUGAAAAGAUGAUAGCGAAACUUCUUCUCCUCGCUCUGGUGGGGCUUAGUGCUGCCAACCAGUACAAGGGCUACAAGAACGGGUUCGAAGGUGAAUACAAGAAAUACCCCUCCGAAGGAUACAAUAAUUACCCCUCCGAAGGGUACAAGAAUUACCCCUACGAAGGCGGGUACGGCUACAAGAGCUACGAUGACAAGAACUACUACGAAGGCUACAGUUACAAGAACGGUUUCGAAUACGGGUACCAGAAUGCCUACUAUGGAGCAUUCUACAAACACCGUCAGAACAUCACUGCUGACUUGGAGUUCAACGCGUGGAUGCCAAACCACGAGUACAUCUACAAUGUGACGUCCAAGACCAUGACCGCUAUGCCGGAGAUGGACGAACAGUGGACCGGUAUCUACACUCGUGCCUAUAUGGUAGUCCGUCCGAAGAGCCCUGACUACGUGGUUGCUUACGUCAAACAGCCAGAGUACGCCGUCUUCAACGAACGCCUUCCACAGGGAUACGCUACCAACUUCAACCAUGAGAACUUCAAGUGGAUUCCCAUGCCGAUGAGCAGCAAACCUUUCGGAAUUCGUUACCACAAGGGAGCCAUCAAGGGUCUGUAUGUCGAGCAAGACGUCCCCAACAAUGAAGUAAACAUCUUCAAGGCUUGGGUCAGUCAGCUGCAGGUCGAUACCCGUGGAGCCAACAUUAUGCACUCCAGCAAGCCUGUUCAUCCGAACAAGGGCGAAUGGAACGGCUACUACAAGGUUAUGGAACCCCUGGUCACCGGUGAAUGCGAAACCCACUACGAUGUCAACCUUGUGCCACAGUAUCUCAUCCAAUCCCACAAACAAUGGGUGCCACAGGGUCAGCUGCGCGGUGACGAUGAUUACUUUAUCCAAGUUAUCAAGACCCAGAACUUUGACCGUUGUGAUCAGCGCAUGGGCUAUCACUUUGGAUUCACCGGAUACAGUGACUUCAGACCGAACACCAACAGCAUGGGUAAUGUUGCCUCCAAGUCCCUGAAUUCUUACAUGUAUCUGACCGGAAACUGGUACAACUUCACCAUCCAAUCGUCCAGCAUGAUUAACAAGAUCGCCAUUGCUCCUUCUUUGAUGAACAAAGAACACGCCAUGGUUUACGCUCAGGUUAACAUAACUCUCAACGAUGUUCAUACCUACACCAAGGUCCCCAUGGGUCCAGCCGAAGAUAAGAAGGUGUUCGUUGAUCUGGUCUACAGCUACAACAUGCCCAGUGAUAAGAAGAACAGCGUUCGUCCAGGCAACUCUACCGAAUCCUCAUCGUCGUCCUCGGAAUCUAGCUCGUCGUCGAGCUCAUCUAGCUCCGAAUCUCAGGAGGAGAACCCCAAGGUCAGUCCCGUUGAACAAUACAAGGCUCAGUUGGAUGAAGUCGAGAAGCGUGGAAACCGUAACCGUCGUGAUCUGAACGCCUACAAGGAAAAGAAGUACUACGAAGCCUACAAGAUGGAUCAGUACCGCCUGAGCCGCAAAAAUGAUACCUCAUCUGACUCUAGCAGCUCCGACGAUUCUUCGUCCAGCUCUUCAAGCUCCUCGGAAUCCCAUGAACACAGAAAUAACUCUUCAUCCGACUCGAGCUCAUCCUCGUCGUCCUCCUCUUCCGGUUCGGAUUCAUCGUCCUCGGAGUCCCUCUCCUUGAGCAGCGAGGAAUUCUACUACCAACCGACGCCGGAGAACUUCAACCACGCUCCAGAAGCUCCCUUCCUGCCAUACUUCACCGGUUACAAGGGCUACAACAUCUACUACGCUCGCAACGUCGAUGCGAUCCGUUCUGUCAGUAAGCUGAUUGAUGAAAUUGCCAACGAUCUACAGAAUCCAUCUACUCUGCCCAAGUCUAACACCUUGAGCAAGUUCAACAUUGUCACCCGUGCCAUCCGUGCCAUGAAUUAUCAGGAAAUUUACGAUCUUGCUCAGAAGUACUUCGUUUCCCAAAAGGAACGUCAGGCCGCUCAAAUCAAUGACAAUAAAUUCAGCAAACGUGUUGACGCUUGGGCUGCUUUCCGUGAUGCUGUUGCUGAAGCUGGUACUCCACCGGCCUACAAAAUGAUUUCCCAAUACAUCAAGGAAAAGAAACUGCGCGGUCAUGAAGCCGCCAGCGUGAUUGCCACUUUGGUCCAAUCCAUCCGUUACCCGACCGAGCAACUCUUGCACGAGUUCUUCCUGCUGGUUACCAGCGAUGUCGUGCAACAUCAAGAUAAUCUGAACGUUACUGCUCUCAUCUCGUACAGCGACUUUGUCAACCAGGCUCAUGUUAGCAACCGCUCGGCCUACAACUACUACCCAGUGUUCAGCUUCGGUCGUCUGGCUGAUGCUGACUACAAGAUCAUCGAACACAAGUUGGUCCCUUGGCUCGCCCAUCACUUGCGUGAAGCUGUUCACCAUGAAGACAGUGUCAAAAUCCAGGUUUACAUUCGUACCCUUGGAAAUCUUGGCCAUCCUCAAAUCCUGUCGGUCUUUGAACCAUACUUGGAGGGUAAGAUCCAGAUCACUGACUACCAACGCUUGGCCAUGAUUGUUGCUUUGGACAAACUGGUUGUCUACUACCCGGAACUGGCUCGCUCUGUGCUGUUCCGUGCCUACCAGAAUAUCGGAGAUGUCCAUGAAAUCCGUUGCGCUGCCGUUCACAUGUUGAUGCGCACUGAUCCAUCAGCUGAAAUCCUCCAGCGUAUGGCCGAAUUCACCCACCACGACCCAAGCCGUUACGUCCGAGCUGCCGUCAAGUCUGCCAUCGAAACUGCCACUCAAGCUGAUGAAUAUGAUAACUAUAGCAGACUGGCUGUCAAUGCCAAGGCUGCUGCUAACUUCUUGUUCCCGGAAGACUUCAGCACUCAGUACUCGUUCAACCACAUCCGUGACUACGCCCUGGAGAACCUUGAAAUGACCUACCGUCUGCACUACGGAGAAAUCGCUUCCGGCGAUCACUACUAUCCGAACGGUUUGUUCUACCAUCUGCGUCAAAACUUUGGUGGAUUCAAGAAAUACACCACCUUCUACUAUCUGGUUUCAAGCAUGGAAGCUUUCUUCGACGUUUUCGACCAGCAGUACAAUACCAAGCACUUCGAGGAUUACUACAAGUCGUCCGACUACAACACCAACUUCUACAACUACGACAAGUACUCCAAGUACUACAAGCAGUACUACAACAAUAAGGACAGCGAGUAUUACGAGAAAUACUACGGAAAGAGCAAGGACAGUGCCUACAGCGAUAAGGAACCACCAAAGUAUACGGCCGCUCGCAUUGCCAAGCUGCUGAACAUCGAUUCCGAAGAGGCUCAGCAACUGGAAGGACAGCUGAUGUUUAAACUGUUCAACGGAUACUUCUUCCAAGCUUUCGAUAACAAAACCAUCGAGAACUUGCCUCGCAAGCUCAAGCAUUUCUGCCAUGAUUUGGAAGAUGGCUACAACUUUGACCUUACCAAGUUCUACCAGCAACAGGAUGUUGUUCUUGCAUGGCCGUUGGCUACUGGAUUCCAGUUUCUGUACACUCUGAAGACACCGACUGUAGUCAAGUUUGAGCUUGACGCCACCGCCAAGACCCACCCACAGGUUUACAAGCAACCAGCUGGUCACCCUGAAAAUGAGAACGAUGACUUCUUCUAUAUCCCACAAGCUUUGAACGCAUCGGUUGGUGUGAAAGUCCUGUAUCACCGUAUGGUUGACGCCAAGGUUGGCUUCAUCACUCCAUUCAACCAUCAACGCCACAUCGCUGGUUAUCAGAAGAAACUGCAAGGAUACCUGCCCUUGAAUGUUGAACUGUCUCUGGACUUUGUCAAGGACGAGUUCGAGUUUGGAUUCGAAAUCCAAGAUCCCAAGGAAGACCAUCUGCUGUUCCACAUGAGCUCGUGGCCGUACACUGGAUUCAAGGACAUCACCGACAUGCGCCCAAUUGCCGAGAGCCCCAAUGCCAAGAUUGUGCAUGACGAAGACCAGACCACCAAGACCCUCGACUACACUUUCGGUCAGGACAUGACUGGUGUAGCUCUGCGAUUCCACGCUAAAUACGACAAUGACUUCAUCAACUUCCAGCACUUCUGGAACUUGUUCAAGAAGCACGACUUUGUUUCGGCUGUCAACUAUCCGUUCGCCUAUCAGCCAUACCAUUACCAUCAGUUCAACCUGUACUACGAUGCUCAGCGUACCCACGCCAAAUCGUUCAAGUUCUUCGCUUAUCACAAAUUUGGUGCCCCAGCCUUUGAAGAAACUGGACCCAAGCAUCCGGCCAACCGUCACUCAUACUCCGGAAACUACUACGAAUCGAACUUUGCUCAACCGUUCGUCUACAGUGCUGGAAGCCAGCGCCGUUACGAGCAGUUCUUCCACAAUGCCGCUUCUGGAAUCAGAAACAGCUUCGUCCGUUACUACGACUUUGGUUUCGAGUUCUACGCUCCCCAGCAGAAGAGUGAAUUUGUUUUCACCACCGCUUUCGCCGACAGCCCAGUCGACAAGACAUCUCGCCAGCUGUUCUACUUCUAUGCCAGCCCAAUGUUCGCCAGCCAGUCGUACUUCAAGGACAUUCCAUUCAACGGUAAGCAGUUCCAAUUCUGCGGUACUGCUGUCAGCGAGUUCCCACGUGUUCCAUAUCUGAAGUUCUCGGACUUUGACCAAUACUACGGAGAUGCCAAUCAGUACUUCGAUUUCUUGUACGGUGAGUCGUGCCAGGGAGGAGCUCACAUUUCGGUGAAGGGUAAGCAGAAGCAGACUGGCAAGUACCGUGAGUAUCUGCGCUUCUCGGAUGUUGCCAAGACUUGCAAGGAACAGAUGGCCGAUGGAUAUUACCAGUUCGAGGAAUGCCAACAGGCUAUCGAUCAGGCAUACUACUACGACUUCUACGACUACGCGUUCGAGUACAAGGAUGUCGGUCCAGUUGCCAAGAACAUCAGCACCAAAUUCUACGACUACUUCCAAUACGCCUUCUACCCGUACUUCGAAUCCAACUUCUUCUACCACGGAAAGCACAACCAAAUCAAGGCCGAAUUCGAGUUUGCUCCCUACGGCGAUUACUACAACGCUUCGUUCUACGGUCCAUCCUACGCCUUCCAGGUCCAGAACUACCCGAUCGAAAACGACUAUUCGACGUACUUCCCGUACUUCUUCAAGUACACGUUCUUCCCGAAAUACUAUCCGUACUUCCUGCACCGUUUGCCAUCGCACAAAGAACAAGACCGUCAGUACAACGAACUCUCUAACUACGAACAGUUUGCCGUCUUCGACCGGAAACCACAAUAUCCUUCCUGUUCGUUCUCCACUGACUACUUCUAUACUUUCGAUGACAAGAAGUACUUCUACGAUAUGGGUGAUUGUUGGCACGUAGUACUGCACACCGUGAAGCCUGACUACGACUUCUACGCUCAGGAUUCCCACUUCUACAACUCGGACUUCGAGUACAAAUACAAGAAUGGAUUUGAAGAGUACGAACAGUUCAGUGCCCUGGCUCGCCGAGGAUCAGAUAAACAGCUGUACUUCAAGUUCUUGUUCGGAGACAACUACAUCGACGUUUUCCCCAACAACGGUGGUGUUCCAUUCGUUUACUUCAACGGCCGCCCAUACGAUGUCAGCCAGCACAACAUUGCUCACUUCGAGGCCAAGGAAGGCUAUGCUAGCUUCCCAUUCUUCUACGCCUUUGCCUACCCGAACAAGGAUGUUGAAUUCAGCUUCUUCGGUGGAAAACUGAAGUUCGCUACUGACGGAUACCGUGCUCGCUUCUUCUCGGACUACUCAUACUACAACAACUUUGUCGGUCUGUGCGGAACCAACAACGGAGAAUACUCCGAUGACUUUGUCACUCCCGACCAGUGCUACAUGCGCAAGCCAGAAUUCUUCGCCGCUUCGUACGCCCUUACCGGCCAGAACUGCACCGGACCAGCCAAGGCUUUCAACUUCGCCUACCAGCAGAAGGCCAAGGAGGAAUGUAUCAAGAAGGAGGUCUACUACGGAAACAUCAUCUACGAGCAGGAAUUCUAUCGCCAACGUUACCGUUACUACAACCACAACGUUGAUGAACUUAGCUCGUCGUCCAGCUCGUCGUCUUCGUCUGAUUCAUCAUCGUCGUCUUCGGAAUCCAACUCGAAUGAUAACUCUUCCAGCUCCAGCUCCAGCUCCGAGGAACACAAGGAAUACAACGCAAACCAGCAGCAGCAUACUCUGAAGGAUUGCCCGGUUCAACACCAGCACCAGUUCUUCCAGCAAGGUGAUCAGAUUUGCUUCACCCUGCGUCCCCUGCCAGCCUGUCACUCCAAGUGUGCUCCUACUGACAAAAUCAGCAAGUACUUCGACGUCCAGUGCUUCGAGAAGAACUCUUCCCAAGCACAGCAGUACAAGUCCGAGAUUUCCCGCGGUUACAACCCGGAUUUCAAGAGCUUCUCAUCGACCAAGACCUUCAAGUUCAACUAUCCCAAGAGCUGCGUCUACAAGGCUUACUGAACGGUAUAAAUGAGAGAGCACCCCCACUAGCAAACUGACCGGAA